CCCGAUCUAUACACAGAUGAAGCCAAAUCCCAGCCCAAUCCAUGUUAUGUCAUUUGGUACCGUCAAGAUCGUACCAUCAUCAGUGCCUUACUUGGCAGCUGCUCCGACGCUAUCCAACCACUGAUUUCAUCGGCCACCACGGCCAAACAGGCCUAGGAUAAACUCUCCCUUACAUAUCCUAGCACUUCACGGGGGCGAAUUAUCUCCCUCAAGACCUCUCUGUCUCGCACCAAGAAAGGCGGCUGAUCCAUCACCGAAUACAUUGCGGAAAUGUUCGCCAUUUCCGAGGCUUUGGCACUGGCUCAGAACCCUGUUCCGGAAGAGGACUUGGUGAUCAAUAUCCUAAAUGGACUCGGAUCUGACUAUAGCGAAAUUACAUCCGCUAUUAGGGUCCGCUCUUCAGCAUUACCGCUCUCUGAACUCCAGGAUAUACUUUUAGAACAUGAACAAAAAUUGCAGGAGGCAGCCUCAUCUGUGGACUCCACUAUACCUACUGCCAACAACACCCAAAUUAUUGGACGUACAUUUGGAUCCAAUAUGGGGUCAGCAGAUCGUCGCUCUACUCAUAUGGCGGAUCGUCGUGGUCAGUAUGGUUCUGGCCGCCGUGGGCGUGGUGGCUCAUCCGGUCAGAACAGAUCCUCCUCCAACGGUGUUGUGUGCCGUUUUUGUGAGAUACCGGGACAUGAAGCUAAAUAUUGCCGUAAGCUGCAAAGAUUUUUGAGAGACAAUCAUGUGCUUCCCUCUACAGGUGGAGGUGGCCCGGCUGUCCACACAACGACUACUAUGCCUUCCCACGGAGACCAACAGUGGCUAUUUGAUAGUGGAGCAUCACAUCAUGUUACAUUCGAUGCUAUGACUCUUCCCAACUUUGCCGCAUAUGGCGGCCCUGAUGAGGUCCGUCUUGGUGGUGGAUCGACACACGGGGGCGGUGCUCAUGCGCGGGGAGAACUUCCAUGAUGUCUAUUAUGCUUCGUCUCAUUUGUCUCCACAAAUUCAUCUCACGCAACGUUCAGUUCAGUCGUCGUGGC